ACCCGGCUCAUAUACCCGUGGUAACCGCCUUGCAUUUCCUUCGUCUUCCCCUUUAUCUACCGAGUUCGAACAAGUAGCAGAGGAGAGCUACUUCAACUACACACGUUUUGUCCCUGUUUUGUGGGAUUGGCCCAGCAAGGUAUUGUAUAUGGAUGGAUGAUCAUAUAAUCACAUCUCAUCAACCUCGUACCUCGCAUACCAAGAAAGCAUAUUAAGAUUUCCAGCUGAUUGGCACAAACUAUAUCUUCACUCUAUGAAAUACCAAGCAACGAUACUUUUACGUUAGGUUUACAGUUGAACCUACCGUCAAAAUACCCCUGGCUAGGAUCUAUCCCAAAACGCCACCACCUACAUGACAAUAGGAUCAUUUUGAUCAUGUACCUGCUUUUCGUCGAAGCUUUUCAAUCUAUUUUUUUGACAGAACGAGAAGCAUACAUGAAAUAGCUUAUGAAGAGAUUUGCGGUCAACUCAAAUAUAUGGAUCAUGCCCACCUUUCUGGAUGUCGGCUACUAUGGAAAUGCCCGUGCAACCCGAAAGCUCCGUUGACUUUGGACCCUUUUAUCAACGACGAGCAGGUAAUUUGAAAUGUCUCGGGAAUCAAAAGAUAUAUGUAGGGAAAUGUACAAGCCUUUAACCCUUAGACAGUGGGCCGAUUGAGCAUCUAGAUAUCCACCGCGUUUUCGGAAAUUUAGCAUGUCCUUACUUUCCUGAAAUUUCUAAUCGUUUGCUUUUUGUGGCAAAAGCUUGCGCGGCGCUCAUAGCAAUAGCGACGACGAGCAUACGACCCUUAGUAGGGUCAAUGUAAGCACUUGGGCAAGUACCGACAAACUGGUAACCUAUACAAAUCUUCACACUCCUGAGCGGUGGACCGGAAAAAUAUCGGAAUUUUAUCAUCCAUCACUUGUUGUACAAUUUCUCCCCGCCAUGGCAAUUAUUUCGACAUGUAAUGCAGAGGAAUAUUUCCGACGAGAGUGCCUGGGCCCUGGAGAGAGGUAUGGGCUUUCAAUUUCAUCCUCUAAUCUCGGAGGUGCGGUCGGUUCGGGCUGGUCACUGCUUGGGUGCUCAUUUUAAUCAAUCUAUUCCGCAGGUUAUCAACGGCGUCCGUUGCGCUACUGAUAAACAUAGUGGAGAAUUUUCCGUUGAGAGGGGGGGUUAUCCGACUUUCAUGCACCAAUCAUCUUGCGAGAUGCAGGGGUGUUUUUCCGGGGCAAAUGUCAUUCAAUUCUUCUUGGCGCAGAUGGCGACUUUGGUCUCUUUGUAAAAAUAUAAAUACAUUGACGCCCUGAGAAGGCUAAUCACUUCAGUCGCCAUUCUCCAACCUUGAAUCAACGCAUAUUGAAGUCAGGCCUCCCUCAAAGAACUUUCCAAUCAUGCGUUCCUUUGCCCUCCUCUCCUUUGCAGCUUCUUUGCUCGGAAGCGUCUCUGCCAGCCCUGCUUUAGUAAACCGCGCUGUUUCAUUCAACCGAACUGUUGCUCCAGCCGGUGCAAUUGUCAUUGACCAAACUGGUACAAUUGCAGGCUCCUACACCACAUUCCAAGCGGGUGUCAAUGCACUAUCCGCCACCACAACCGAAGCUCAAUACAUUUUCGUAGCUCCUGGUAUCUACUUCGAGCAAGUGUAUCUCCCACAAAUCGCAUCCAACCUUACCAUCCAAGGUUAUACCAACGAUUCCCGCGAGUACUCCUACAAUGAAGCAACGCUCACCUACAACCUCGCCCUCAUCAAUACCACCUCAGAUGAUUUAACCGCCACGUUCCGUGCCCACAACACCAACACCAAGGUGUACAACAUGAUCAUCAAGAACACAUUCGGUCACAUUAACUCCAAUGGACAGAAUCUUGCUCUCUCCUCCUACGCCUCCAACGUCGGUUACUACGCCACCCAAUUCUGGGGGUACCAAGACACCGUUCUCGCCGAGGCCGGUUACCAGCUCUACGCCAAGUGCUUGAUCGUCGGAGCCAUCGAUUUCAUCUUUGGCGAGAAAGCUCUCGCCUGGUUUGAAAAGAACGAUAUCCGCACUAUUGCCAACGGAGCCAUUACCGCUUCCGGUCGCACCAGCGACGCUGUUGAUUCCUGGUAUGUGAUCAACAACUCCAACAUUGCCAAUCUCAACAACAGUCUCACUCCAUACAACAACUACCUCGGACGACCAUGGAGAGAUCACGCACGUGUUGUUUUCCAGAACAGUUUCUUGGGUGAUAACAUCAAAGCCGCCGGAUGGCAACAGUGGAGCACCUCGACUCCAAACACCGAUGGAGUUACUUUCGGAGAAUACAACAACUUCGGACCCGGAAGCGUUCUCGAAGAAGGCCCCCGCGCAAACUUCAGCUCCCAAUUGACAGCGCCCAUCGACAUCACCACCGUCUUGGGUACAUCCUACACUAGCGAGUUCUACUACGAUGCUAGUUACAUGUAGAGAAUCAUCGAGUGUGGCUUGUGAAAUUUCUAGUAUAUAAUUUUUAAAUUUUUAUUGAAGAGGAGAGAGCACAUGGGGAAGUUUGUAGAUAUAAUAUCUGAUGUAUAUAUGUAAUGAGAAUUGAACGGUCUAACCAUCAUACGCUAUCCCGAUUUCCGAGGAUUCUUGUAUCUAUUGUGCUUUGUUAAGUGUUAUAUCAUAAGUAUUAG